AAAAGAUUCCCUCGUUCUUGAUUUGUAAUCGCAAGAUGCCUCAGAUAUGCAGUUUAUCAACUAUAGCCCGUGAAUAUGUUGCUCUGCCUCUGCGGUCAGUGAGCUCUCUCCCAUUUAAGGAUUUGAUACUAUCAGCAGCUGAAAGCAAUCGUUCUACAGAAGAUCAUGCCUGGAAAAUAUCUAGACCCUUGAAGGAAUUUCUUGAAAGCAAUCAUAACAAGUCUCAGCUUGAUGCUAUUAAUGGGGCUAAAAACUCUCUUGUGCUACGAGAGAUACCAGAAGAUGGAGUGAAUAAGCUUCUAUCUAGCAAGGAUGCGUUAGCAUAUUGUGAUAUAGCAAUUUUUGUCCAUGACAGGUCUCGUGAAACUUCCUGGAAGAGAGCAUCAGAUCUACUGGUUGAUGUUGCUAGCCAUGGAGAGGCAACUGGUUAUGAGGUGCCUUGUCUCAUUGUAGCAGCUAAGGAUGAUCUGGAUCCUUAUUCGACGGAAAUUCAAGAUUCUACUAGGGUAGCUAUCCUAAAUAGUAGAGGACACAACACAAAGGGUUGUUGUUUGUUAUUGAAAUAACUUAAGGAUUUUUAAAGAUCUAACUAGAAUGUCUUCAAUUCUGGAACUUUUGUCCAGUUGGUAUACAAUUUCUGCCCAAUUUAUUUUAAGAAUAUAUAUGCUGUUGUUACUAAUUACAUUGACCCCUUGCAUAGUAUACUUGCAUUCUAAUA